AUGUUUGAUAUCACACAUCAACAGGGGUUUUCAAUUGAUCUUAAUACACCUGAAUUGAUACGCUUACCUAUUCUCUACAACCCUCACAAUUCCAACGCCUUUACCGGAAUACAAAACAAAACACUUGCAAGAAAACGAGACUAUUUUCAGGAACCUCUAUAUAAUAUCAAUAAUGUACAGUACAUGGUUCAAAUGAGCUUUGACAUCCCACCACAAGAAUUGACUCUCAUCCUAGACACUGGAAGUGGAAACUUAUGGGUUCCCUCCACCCAAUGUGAUCCUAGCCUCUGUCCAAAUAGACGAUUUGAUCAAGCAGCCUCCUCAACAUUUGUUUCAACAAGCUUUGAUUUUGUUGUUAAUUAUGUUAUCGGAAAUGCUACUGGAGCCCUGGCUACCGAUACUGUUACUAUUGCAGACACUACAGUGAUAAACCAGCCAUUCGGAAUUGCCUCAUCAACCUAUGGAAUACUACCUCAACCACAACAGAAUUCUUCUGCUCUAGGAUCAGAAGAAUCAAGUAAUCAGGCUAGCAGUCAUUUAAAAACAGCCAAUGGUGUUUUGGGGUUGAGUUUUCCAAAGGCGACAGGUCUAGAAAGGCUCCAGGAAAAGGGAUACAUGUCAUUUGUGUUUAACUUGGUAGAACAAAAGGUCAUCUCAGAUCCUGUCUUUUCCGUUUAUUUAAGCAGCUCAAAUAUUGGUGGGCCUGCUGGUGAAAUCAUAUUUGGAGGAAUAGACCAAACCAAAUAUUCUGGAGCUUUAGUUUACGUUUCUGUAAUGCCAUCGAAUACACUAUCCAAUCCAUCGGCCCCAGCCACUCUUCCUUCAAAUGGGUAUGCGGAUUUCUCUUAUUGGGUUCUGCAUUGCCAAGGGAUCACAGUGCAAAGAGAAAAUGUUACUACUACUUUACCGUUGCCUUUGAUUUUACUUUUAAUGUUUGAUACUGGUGCCACUCUGUCUUUCUUUCCAUAUGAAACAGUAGAGGCGGCUCUUAUUUCUAUCGCUGGCCCAGGUGGAUACCAGUUCAACCCCUCGACGUCUCUUUUUAGCAUUGACUGUAGCCUCGCUUCAUCGAAUGCCACGGUUCAUUUUCAUCUAUCAAGUACGGGAUCAAGCGGAACCAGUCCAACCGCCAUCAAUAUUCUAGCCUCAAAUCUGGUUUAUCCUGGAGAUGCAAGAACAUUAGAGGAAGCCAAGGCUUGUGUGUUUGGUAUCGCUGCCUCUCUUCCUUCCGUAAACUCUAAUGAGAUAGGCAUCGCUGCCAAAAAUGGAAUGGGUAGUAGUGUUACUGGAUUUAUUCCAGUUGCAUAA